AUGAGAGCCUUUGUUUCGACAGUGUUGUGGGUGAUAACAAUACCCUGCAUGGAAGCCAUCCACGGAUUAUACAAUUUUGGCCAGCAUGACUUAUACUACAAAAAGAAUAACUGCAAGCCAAUUCCCGAAAAGUUCCUCCUGUGCCAUGAUAUAGAGUACACAGAGAUGCGCCUCCCAAACCUGCUGGGACACGAAACCAUGAAUGAAGUCCUGCAGCAAGCUUCUUCCUGGAUCCCUCUAGUUCAGAAGCAAUGUCAUCCCGACACACGAAAGUUCCUCUGCUCCCUUUUCGCUCCCGUCUGUCUGGACGAUUUGGACGAGCCCAUACAGCCGUGCAGGUCUCUGUGCGAGAGCGUCAAGAACGGCUGCGAGCCCGUGAUGUCCGCGUUUGGCUUUCCUUGGCCAAAGAUGCUGGACUGCGACCAUUUCCCAAUCGACAACGACCUGUGUAUUCCACCUGCCGGCCUCGAGAACUCUGCACCAGUGACCAAAGAGGUGCCCAGAGUGUGCGAUGCUUGCAAGGAAAGUGAUGAAAAUGACAACGAAAUUGUUGACAACCUGUGUAAGAAUGACUUUGCUCUAAAGAUCAAAGUUAAGGAGAUCUCCUACAUCAACGGUGACACCAAGAUAGUGCCGGAGACCAAGAGCAAAACCAUUUACAAGCUGAACGGCGUGACGGAGCGUGAACUGAGGAAGACGGUGCUGUGGUUGAAGGACGGCCUGCAGUGCAUCUGCGAGGAGAUGAACGACAUCAACGCUGCCUACCUGGUCAUGGGCCAGAAGAUGGACGGCCACCUGGUCAUCACCUCGCUGAAGCGCUGGCAUAAGGGACAGCGCGAGUUUAAGAGGAUUUCGCGCAGCAUCCGCAAGCUGCAGUGCUAGGAAGGGGGACACACUGCAGGUGUCACUGUUGAAGAAAACGUUUAGCUGAGCUCUUUCCAAUUACUAGGCCUUUCCAGUUGUCACACAAGUUGCAAUUAUGGUUCAUAGAUUCCUCUUUGGAUUCCAGCAAAUAUUUGGCCAGGUACUGUGUUUUCCAUUGCUUUCAGUUAAAAAUGCCCAAUAUCUUGAAAAAGGCAGUAGGCUAUUUAGCAUAUUUGGGGCUGGACAAAAACUUGCUUUGAAUUGACUCCAUAACUGUAAUUCAUAUGGAUGUUCUGAAAGGUGCUAUGUCCCAGUACACUUAAACUACAUUCAUUAAUAAGGCCACACUAUUUUCAAAGGGGAUUUGCAAGUGGCUAUACUACAUAAACUGUCCAUGUCUUCUGAGCAGGGCACACAUUUAUAUCUGGUAUAGACUUGGAAGUAAGCAAAUAUAGGAGUAAAAAAAAAAGGCCCUUCAAUUGUGGUAAUCUGAGAAAUUCAUCCAUCCACUCCCAGUCGUUUUGCACUUGGCGCCCCCUAGUAGCCAGUUUUAAAGUGGUGUGUCUUUUCAUGAGGAGCUGUCUUUGAUGUUGCCUCCUUAAGAUGGUGUCCCAGGUGUGAAAGAGUCACUAACUACGUGGUUAAAGUGAAAACUAGCAGAACUGUGAAUCCAGGAUUAAAAAUAAUUUCACUCUAAAAUAACAUUGGCAGAUGUGGUCAACUGUUAAAUCCUGCAAUGAGCGUGAGUUUAAGACUUGUUCCUUCUUUCCUGGUAUUCCCUGUGAUCAGUUUCAUCAUAACACAAAGCAUUUUUUUUCAUGGGGCCUGUUGUAAAAUGAUACAUAAAUCUUCCAAAACUCCUAUAAGGAAUAAAUUACAACACACAGUCAAAGGCCUUGUCAAAUUGAGAGAGGAUGAUGGGAUGAUUAUAAAAUACUCGAGUUAAAUUUAAAAAAAACUGUGUGUAUGUUUGAGGGGGUGUAGUUAAGACUUCCAAAAAGAAGGAAUUUGCAUCCAAUAAAAAACAUUCUGUUAUUGCUCCACAGAAGCAAUUACUAAAAUGUAUUGUUAUUGCAUGGUGCAUAUUGAGUGAAGCUGUGAUCCCCAUGUGGGUAGUGUGAUGUUCAAAGACAAAAUAAUGUCUGUUUUUUGUAUUCCCACCGUUUUCUCUAGCAAAAAUGAGAGAUAGCUGGCUAUAUUCUCUUCCUGUUUAACAUUUUAAUAUUCACGGUAAUCUUUUUGUGUUUGAGCCGUUCCAUAAUUUUCUACCACAGUAAGAUUAAAAAUGAAUAUUUUUCUACUCCAGACUUUAACAUUUCAUUUAAACUUCCAUGUUAAGUUUUGGGUUGCGUCUACAUCCUUUUGUUUGAUCAGUGACACAAGUUGGAGUUUUCUGUAUUAGUGAUGACUAUCUGAGUUUUGGUUGGCAGCGUUGAUUUCAUGAGCAGUAACUUUUUAAGCGCAAAUACUCAUGGGCGUGUGUGUGCGCAAUGUAAAAAGUAUUUUUUGAAAGUACUGUGUAAAUAUCAAAUACUGUAUUUUAUUCUUGUAAAGUUUCUGGUGAU